AUGUCUUCAUCAUCCUUGUCCGAUGAUCCUACACAAGAAAUGAAUUCAAAGCACUUACAGGAAGAAGCAACUCGACGUCGACCACCACAACUACAACCUAUGGAACCAAACAAGAAGAGAGGACUAUCUUGUCCUAAACAAGACGAUGAUCAUAGGAGGACUCAAACAACCAGUGAACAAUUGAAUAUCGAUGAUGACGAUGAUGAUGAUGACUCACAACCUUCCAUGAUGCCUCCGACCCCCACGAUUACCACGAAAGGUAAUACAUUUGGGGGCACUUGUGAAACCACCACCAACACCAACAACGGCGUCGGUGAGUUUAUUGGGACCACCUCGCUCACGCUUCCCCAAAAGAAUCACAAAGAAAACGACCAACCAACACCACGACCACUAUCAACCUCUCCUCCUCCUCCUCCUUCUGCGACUACUACAACUGUUUCUACUACCAACACGACCAACACUAUCCAUACGACCACUAACGAAAAAUCUGAAGCCAGCAAACAACAGCAGCUAGGACGAAUACCGCUCGCUGUUGCUUCAGGAUCCUUGUUGUUGUGGUUCGAAUCGAGUGCAGAUACUUCCGCAUCCACCAACCAAAUCAACCAAACCACAGCAACAACAACAGCACCAACCACCACCAUCACUACGACGACAAAAACGAAGGAAGAACAGAAAACAACAAAUCAACAUCAUCCAACUGCUCCUGCUACCAUGAAUUUCUCUUCUUCAUGGGAAAAUACCAACACCAGAGAAGCCUCAUCACCGACCACCACAACAACAAGUAAUCAGACACUUCUGCAAGCUGAGAGAAAGGCUUCUUCUGGUACCACCAGGGAUGAAAGAGAUGUUGCUGCAAUGGCCUCUACAUGUAGGGUUGAAAAGACUCCUAAUGACCAUCAUCAUCCAAAGGACCUCUGCGCUAUCUCUCUAAACCAUGAUCACCAUGUUGAUACGAAAAGUCCAAUGAACAACACUACCAAUAACAACAGAAGCAGCAGCAGUAGCAACACGACAUGCAGUAAUACGGCAAACAACAACAUGGAUCCAUCUCUCAAGCUCGUACGAACAUCAUCCAUGCAUGUACAUGUGGUUGAAAAUUCCAACAACACUUCAACCCCUACAUGCACUCCUAAUGAACAACAACAAGAUAUCCACCCAUUCCAUGCAACACCCCAUCACGAAUCACCAUCUUCUCAUGUGAUGGUGAUGAUGAGGUCUGAUCACGCUGGCUCAGAAGCAACUCAAAGGGAAGAAUUGAAUUCCUCGAACCGUCUUAUUCCCACUUCACACCAACCAUAUAUGGUGUCAAACCCAAUACAAACUAAUUACCUCAAUGAUCAUAAUAAUUCCAACAUGGAAACACCAAUUUCAGUACCAACUUGUCCGAUUGCCACAAAUUCCAUGCAUCAAUCCACCACAGCCACCACGUUCCCUUCUUCAUCCACAUCUUCGUCACCACCACCACCAAUUAUUGCAAACCCAAAAACAUCCACAACAAUACCUGCUACUAGUGCUGCUACUACUAGUGCUAACACUACUUCUGUUUCCUUUUCAUCAGGAACAAUACAAGGAAGAGAGUCUUCUCCCUAUCCCUUACCGCCUCCAAUAAUGCCUUUCCAUCAUCAGAAUCAUCAUCACCAUGGUUUGACUUCCUAUCCAUCACAUCCCAUGCAUCCGGUAAACUAUCCCUCUCAAACACCACAACCACCAAUGCAACAGCAGCAUCAUGCUUUUCAACAAGAUGCAUCCAAUUUCCAGUCCCAUCAUCCGCAACAACGCUACAUGCAACCCCCCUAUCGAUUCAAUCAUGCUCUUCCACCACCUCCUCCAACUUAUCAUGCCUCUCAGACACAUUCUUCGUGUAACUUUUACAAUCAAAAUGCAUAUUCGUAUUUGCCACAUUCUUCGAGUAGUGGUCAUUCCUACAUGCCUCCUCCUCCAGCAACAACACCACCACCACAAUAUCCUUACCAUCCUUCUCUUUCUUCGUAUCCUGAAUAUACACAUCCACCACCGCCACCCUAUGGCUUUCCUCCUCCCUCUCAUUUCCCAUCUCACACACCAUCAAUGCAUGACAUGUCAAAAAAUUUUGUAACAUCAACAUGGACCUCAAACACUACAACACAACAUGCAACAUCAAACUUUGUUGCUGAAUAUAAUGCCACAACACCAACCUCCAUAACAAGCUCCACAACAGACAGAUCAAGUGGUGCAAAUCGACCAGUACCAGUGGCAGUCGACAGAAAAUCCACUCCAGCUAAAAAUUCCAAUUCAACAACUCCCUCCAAAAACAAUCCUUCUGACACAUUAAGCAGCACUCCUUUGGCUCCAACUAAAAUGCUACAUGCAUCUCCAAAAGAUAGUUCGUCAUUAUCCAACAAGGUUCCACCCUCUUUUUCAAGUUACCGAAACGAGCACAGUUCUUCAAACGCUGUAAUUAAAACCAAGACUGGUCACAUCACCAAAGAAUACGUCCUUACAAAUAAGGCUAGUGAUAAUUCGUCAACCUCAGAUGAAGUCUCACUGAUAUUUUCGUUUUUUAUUGAACCACCACAUGACAUUAGGAUGAAAAAAGCGUGUUUAGAGGUUGAGGUGAAUGAAAAUUCGAAUAGUCAACGCGAAAUCACACAUUACUGGGCUGUUAAAUCGCUUUUGGUCUAUGAAAAUUCAUGCUUUUUCAGGUUUAAAAAGUACCUAUCAGGAGAUAAGAGUGAAGAAAACUGGGAACUGGACAAUGCGAAUUAUGACAUAAAUGGUUUUUCUAGGACAAAAAGUUAUGACGACAUCAAUGACCGACAAAAAGUUUAUUUUUCUUUGGAAUCCUACGGAAAACGACUUUCUAAAUCGAAGUACAACGAGAAAAUUGUCACAUGUCCUUUCAAAAUUACCUUAGCCUUAAUGGACAACAAGAAACAAGAGAUAGCAACCAUUACCAAAUGCAUAUGCAUUCAUAUGGACAUUAAAAAAGUUGAGAGAAAGACAGUUAUCACAAAAGCAAGAUUCGAUGAUCAUUUGUUUGAAACAACGUAUAUUCAGGAAUUCUUUUUGAAGUACAAAAACGAACAACAUUGGAAGAAUGAUUCAAUCACCGCUUCAACGGACAAAAGAGGGAAUCAAAGAGAAGAAAGGAAACGAAAAUUGAUGUCAAACAGUAUCGAACAACAGGAAGAAUCGAUGGGUGAUGAGAGUUCUGCAAGUUCUUCUCAGCAAUCCGAGUUGAAAAAGAAAGCAGAUCCCACUUCAACCAUGAAGCGAAAGAAGUCUUCCUCGUCGACGACCUCGGAACAAACACCAGCGACAACAUCCACGCCUGCCUUAACCAUCACUCAAGGUUCGAGUAGUUACGACACAAUGAAUGAGAUUGUUAUUCGACCAGAGGCCCUCUCCAGGAAUGAAUUCUCUUCCCAACUUGAUGAUUGGAGUGUUUCGUUAAAGGUUUUGGAUUUGAAAAUGCCUUGUCGUGUGAUUCACGUUUGUUUUGAUAAGAGCUCAAAUUUAAUUAGAAUAUUCAUAAUCAUUCCAAGAAUAGCAGCCACAAAUUUCGACCACUCUCUAGAAACUAAGGCACACAUUGAAAUACGUUUUAAGGGCAACGAGCUAUCGUCAUCUGCAUGCUAUACCUUGAAUAAACCUUAA